GCGCGAGUGCCCGGAUGUUAGCUGUCCAGAGAAAGACACAGGAGAGGCGGAGAGGAGACAGGGACAAACCGGUAGAGGGACAGCUCGGCUCUAACCUGCGAGAACCCUACAGAGCUUAGUCACUUUUUGACGAAGAGAGAGGAAGCUUUGUUUUUCGACAAGGAAGGGGAGGGGACCGUUAACUUUGACUAACCUGGAGUGCUUUGCUCAACAGGACACCCGCCUCUGAAAUCCCCGGCAGUAUCUCGCCCUUGCAUGGAAGAAGCGAAUGAAUGGAGACCUGAACGAACAACUGAAAGUUGGAUUGUUUUGAAACAACUGGCCACCGGAUCGGCCUUCAAGAAGCGAGAACGCAGAUGGAUUUGACCUGGAAUCUGCUGAGGCGCUUGGGCUCCAAUCUGAAGGAGCUUCCGCGCUUGCCUCCAGUCUUUGCCCAAUCUCCAUCUGCUCCAUCCAUCAUGACCUCGGAGCUGGAGAGCAGUUUAACCUCCAUGGACUGGCUGCCACAGUUGACCAUGCGGGCAGCCAUCCAAAAGGCUGAUGCCCAGAGCGCCCAUGGCCCAGGCAUGGCUAAGAAGAGUGCCCUGCUUGACCCAAACACUACGCUGGACCAGGAGGAGGUACAGCAGCACAAAGAUGGAAAGCCACCAUACAGCUACGCCAGCCUCAUUACGUUUGCCAUCAACAGCUCUCCAAAGAAGAAAAUGACCCUGAGCGAAAUCUACCAGUGGAUCUGUGACAAUUUCCCCUACUACAGGGAGGCCGGCAGCGGCUGGAAGAAUUCUAUACGGCACAAUCUUUCAUUGAACAAGUGUUUUCUCAAAGUGCCUCGGUCCAAAGAUGACCCAGGAAAGGGUUCGUACUGGGCGAUCGAUACAAAUCCAAAGGAGGACACGUUACCCACCCGGCCCAAGAAGAGGCCACGGUCUGGGGAACGGGCUUCCACACCCUACAGUCUGGAGUCUGAUUCCCUGGGAAUGGACUGCAUCAUCUCUGGAAGUGCCUCUCCAACAUUGGCAAUCAACACUGUGACUAACAAGGUGGCGUUAUACAACCCUGACCAAGACGGGAGUGAUAGCCCUAGAAGCAGCCUUAACAACAGCUUGUCUGACCAGAGCCUGGCCUCGGUCAAUCUGAACAGUGUGGGCAGUGUUCACAGCUACACCCCGGUGACAAGUCACCCAGAGCCGGUGUCCCAGUCUAUAAGCCUGCAGCAGGCUCCCCAGCCCCAGUACAGCAUCCCUGAGCGAGACAAGCAGCUCCUCUUCUCUGACUUUGAAGAUCUCAGUGCCUCGUUCCGCAGCCUUUACAAGUCUGUAUUUGAACAGUCCUUCAGCCAACAGGGUCUGAUGGGGAUGCCAUCGGAUUCUUCCCAACAGAGCCACACCUCUUGCUCCUACCAACACUCCCCAAGCAGCACCAUUAGCACCCACCCACACACCAGUCAGAACAGCAUCACUAACUCGCACCCCAACAGUGUCCCCAACAGCGGUGCACAGGUGCCCCUGUCGCACCCAUCUCACUCUGCCCACAGCUCUCCCCACACACAGCACCUCUCUCAGCAUGGGCCACACACCCAUGCCCAACAUGGCCAGCAUGCACACUCGGCACAUACCCAACACCAGGCUCACACUCAACACUCCCAACACACUCAACACUCCCAGCACACUCAACACUCACAGCACUCACAGCAGCCCCAACAGCACCCGAAUCUCUCUCACCAGCCCCAUCCGGCCCAGCAACAGAUGCCCUGCAACACCGGUCUGCCGAGUGACUGGUAUCCCAAUCUGGAUGCACUGAAGGAAAGUUGUCGCAUUGCCAGCAGCUACAACUGGGCAGAUGUGGACCUCUCACCCUUUCAAGGAUUGAGAGAGAGCAUGAGGCAGGCUGAGCUGAAUAACUGGUCUCUGGAGCCGACUCAGAUUGUGGACCUUUGUUCGUCCAUAAACCAGUUCUUUGCCCGCACUGGAGUUAUUCAGCCACAAGGAGCAGUGCAGCCACCUGUGUGCCAUAGUGCCAUGCAUCCUGCCAAGCCCAGCCAGCACAUCAAUACAGGAAAUAUGUACAUGGACUCAAGACAGAGCAUGACCUCCAUGAUGGGUCCUCCAGGUUAUCCCCACAUGCCCCCCAUGAACAGCACAGGCAACACCAUGACAGGCCAUCAUGCACAGAUGAACCAGCAGCACAUGAUGCCUACUGGAAACUUCCCGAUGCGCCGCAUGCCUGCUGACGACAUCCAGGAUGACUUCGACUGGGACUCCAUUGUCUAGCCCCUUCACAAUAUGAGGAAGGUGGUGCAGGCAAAAUAGGAGUCUUGGAACGUAUUUGGAAGAAGAAAAGUAUGUGUGCGAGAGAGAGAGGGCUAGUCCCAAGAUAUCUGCAUACCCCAUGGUGGGAAGCGGUUUGGAACAGGGCGCUUCAAAAUGUGCAGGUGUCAUAAAUAUGAGCUGAAAAAGACUCUUGUUGUCCUGGUGUUUUUAGGUAAUGAAAACGAAAACAAACAAAAAGUUACUUUGAAGACAAUCACGUUUACUAGGAAAUGUUUAAGUGAUUGAUUUUUGUACUUGUCCAAAGGACAAAGCUCAUGUUCAUGUGAAAUGUAAAGUCCCCCCCCCCCCCCCCAUUCUCUGUGGCGCCAGAAACUCAGUUCAGUCUCCUAACUCCCUUUCUGUGAGUCAGCUGUUCGGCCAAGCUGUUCCCUGCCGUUAAUCUUGUGUGUGGGAUUUUAUAAAUUAUUUUGUGUGAUACGUUUGGCUUGUUCUCCCCCUCUCGUCAUCUGGUGCAGGCCUAAGCUGCCUUUCUGCUCAUUUGUGAUGCGCUAUCCCCCUCUGAAAAUGCAGGCCACUUUUCAGACAGGAAGAGUUCUCAGCUCACUCUCUCUGCACAGCACCGCAGGUUCUCUAGGUCUCUGUGAACUCCAGUGUGCCACACAUCACCUGAGCCUUUACUGUAACAUAAUAUCACCAAGCAUCCAAAUCAGAUCUCCGUGCUUGUGAAUGAUUAUCUGUUGUCUUUUUAAUGAUCGGUGUGGCUCAUAAGAUGUAUGUAAAGUUAACUCCAUUAUCUGCAGUAUUUGUACUUGUGUGUCUUUGCUGUUGCAAUGUAUCAUACUCCUGUCACUGAUAUUAACAGUAUGAAAUGGUGCAUCUGGAACUGACAUUGAUUCAGACCUCAGUUUUUAUUAAUCUCCUAUCUAUUUCAGUUUUCCCCAUCACUUUCAUGUCUGCAUGUGCAAUUGGUUUUCUUUGUUGGAUUCUUGCCAUUUCCGGUUGAGACUGUGCAGCUCUGGCUUGUCUUGUUUAAGGCCUGCUCCAGGUUUCAGGUAUUGUUUAGGAGAAAUGGUUGCUCUGAGAAAAAUGGUGCAGAUACAGUCAGCAAAUAAAGCGGAGAGGACCUGCUGCAUGGCUCAGCAAAACGAAGGUCUAGAAGUCUCGUCAUGCUGGUCUUCUAGGUUUUGUAUCCUUGGACAUCUACCGACUUGCUGUUUUGCUGCUCCAACAAGGACUUGUGCAAAGAGAGUACUGGUAAUUGGUUUUUGGAGUAAGAAUGUUGGGAGAUGGUGUAAUAUAGAUAGAGGACAUUGUUGAACUAUUAAAAAAAAAAAAAGGACUUUGAUUUCCAUACAUGUCUGCCAUACAUGAAGAAGCCAUUCAUGACCCUGACAUAAGUCAAUGCUGAAUGUUCACUCACUCCAUGGGUGCAAGUCACAGAAGUAAAAUCAAAAAUAUCCACAGACUACACCCCUAUUCAAACUAGGUAUUACAGUUUACCAUGAGCAAUUCGCAGGUUAAUUGUGCAAUAUUGUUAAUUAGGGCUAUAGAUUAUGAUCACCAUCAUUUCUACCAGUGAGCACAAAGUUGAUGAGCAAAGUUUGGGAAAAUUUUAGAUUAGAGUAAAAUACAUUUGGGUUAUCAGUGCAAACUUCAGAACACCAAGCACUUUGCUUAAAUCACCAUCUACUGAGCAGCCAUAAAAACAGUGAUUUGUCAAAGACGCAUAUGUUAAGACAUUGAUGUUGGUAGUGAUGGAGUGGAUCAGUGGGGUUGGUAUGUCACCUAGCUGUUUGAGCCUCCUUCUCCAGGCUCUAACACCUCUGUUCUCUGAAUCUGACCCUGCCCAAGCUAACCUUAUUAAUCUUACUAUUAAUAAGUGUAUGAUUACCAAUAGUAUUUGAUAUUUUGACAAUUUAUCAUGAGUAUGAUCUAUAGACAAUCAUGUUUUGUAUUACAGAAUCUACAGAUGUUUUUUUUUUUUUUUUUAACCUCCACUUACAUUAGAUUGCAAUGAUGGAAUGACUUAAGAAACCCUGUAUUUCUUUCACACUCACUCACACUCUCAAAUACUAUGUUCUUUAUCAACCAAAAGUUUACAAACUCCCUACAUGAUGCCCAGUAUCACUCUGAGCUGCAAUAUUUUCAGAGCCCUUAGCCGCCUGCUUCUGUGCUUUUAUGUAUGCAUGAGGCUGGUUACACACUUAAGCUAUACCUGAAGAUACCACAGUAGAGAUCACACUGCCACAACAUGUUAUUUUUUAGAGAUCUUCAUAUGUAUUUGAUUACAUACUGAAGCCCAUUUGACUCAUGCACUUUUAUGUGGGAAUAUUAUGCCAAUCAGUCAGAAAAGGGUUAUAUUUGAACAUGACCAAGUACGUUUUCUGGGUAAUUAAGAUAGCUUAAUAUAUUAAUGGUAAAGACUUGAACUCUUGAGUAAAACGUUAAACCAGUGAAGCAGCAACAGAAAAAGCCAGCCAAUGAAAAAGAAUCAGGGGGAAAAAAUUGGAAACUUGAGCAAUUAGGAAAUGAGUGAUGGUUCAGUCCAGCAUGCGUUACUUAUAAUUAAAUCACCAGCAGAUUCUGAGAAUAUGGCAUCAGAAGAAAGGUUCCAGGCGGUAGGCAAGCUCAAGACUUUUUUUGAUUUUUAAAUUCGUAGAUUUGUUAUAUUCUGUGCAACAGAAUUGAAACAAAGCUGUCAAUCCUGAACAUUUCCAGUAAAGGUGUAUGGGUAAUGUAUCAGGUUUUCAGUGUGAAAGAGGCUUUAGGUAACACCAAGUUCACUCUAGUUAAUGUCCCGUUAUUGUUGGUGUUAUUUUGCAAAACAAUGUUACAUUUGAUUUUUAAAGUAGCCUUUAGAAUACAUCAACCAGCAUCGUGCAUUCAGAACAUUGUUGUAUGUUGUCCCUAUAGAUUGUUUGUAUGAGUCAAAGUGACCGCACUUUUUUUAAAAAAAAUAUAUAGUGUUUUUAGAACAGCAUCCAUGUUUGAUGUGGGUUUUUUUCCCCCUUUGUCUCAGCUCACCUUGCCUUUUUAAGUUUUGUAACUGUUACCCCUCCCUUGACCCAUUUUUAUGAAGCCUAGAAAAAAUUUUGACUGCUUAUUUGUCAUUUGUACACUUUGAAAAUAAGCAGAUUUUUUGAAGCACAACUGCAGCUGUUAGAAUAUGCUGUGAGUGGACAUCUGGCACAUCUGUACAAUCCCCAAAACAUAUUCAUUUGGCACAACAUUUGGGUAUUUGUCCUGAUAUGCUGCCCAAAAAACAGACUGUUUAGAAAUAUGCUAUAGGUACUGUGACCACGUAUAUGAAAAUCAUAGACUUGGUUAUAAUGUAUGGCAAAGGCUUAAUAAAGCUACAUUUUAAAGGCAGCAAGUGAUGAGCAUUCUUCACAGCUGAAAUGAAAAUGGCUGAGCUGAUGGAGAGUAUGAAUACAACUGAUGUAGUAGUCCUUAAAAAAAAAAGUUGCUCCCUUUGUGUGAGCGUUGCGUGAAAGUUGUGUAAAGAAUUAUUCUCGUUUUAGUAAACAAGUGAAAAUGCACCUGCCAGAGAGAUUAUUAUUAAAGGGGACUGAAUGAGAAGCCUAGUUACACUUAAGGGAGAAAACUGCCAAUGACGUAUGGUAUUUGAGGCCUAUUUUAUUAAUUGUUGGUGUGGUGUUGUGCUUGUUGUAAAUAUAUUUGUCUUUUCAAAUGUCUCUUUUUUUGGGGGGGAGGGGGGUGUCCAGGGCAAGGGCUUGGGUUCACCUGCAAAAGAAAAGUGAGAAGCAUACACAGAGUAUUUUGUUAUUGUCCAAUCCAAGGGUGAUACAAUAUGUAUAUAUCUAUAUUGUAUAUAUGUGCAUUGGCUUUUUGUGUGACACUACCUUUUACCUGUACUCUGGUUGAACAUCGUGUUAAUGUUUAUGUAUUUUACUCUACUCUGUUUUUUGUUUGUUUUGUCUGUCAUUUCUUGUAUUUUUCUUUUUUCCUUUAUUGCACGGUUUAUUACUUUUGCUGUCCAACAAAAUGACACAGCUACUCCUUGUAUCGGUUUAGUGCUGUAACAUAACUCCAUGUAAAGUGUCAUUAGGAUCGUCAGUACAACUCCCCUGCCCCCAGAUAUGCAUGAAUGGAAUUUAAAGAAAUAAAAUGUUAACUUCACUGUGGAA